GGGGUUCCAUCCCCUCUGGGGCAAUGAGGCUCUGGAAACAGGUGAGAGUCGCCACAUGAAGUUACAUUUGUAGGAAGCUGAAGGAUUUCUUUAUCAUCACCUGUUCUGCCUGUACAUCUGCACUCCUCUGACAAGAUGGUAUUUCGGAAACCACCAGAUGGUGGCUGGGGCUGGGUAGUUGUUGUUGUUUCCUUCUUUACUCAGUUCUUGUGUUACGGAUCACCGCUGGCGGUUGGAGUCUUGUAUUUAGAAUGGCUGGAUACUUUUGGAGAAGGGAAAGGCAAGACUGCUUGGGUUGGAUCACUGGCAAAUGGAAUCGGAUUGCUUGCCAGUCCUGUCUGCAGUAUCUGUGUAUCAUCUUUUGGAGCAAGACCCGUAGCAAUCUUCAGUGGCUUUAUGGUGGCCGGGGGCCUCAUGAUGAGCAGUUUUGCACCUAACAUAUACUUUCUAUAUAUUUCAUAUGGGAUUGUUGUUGGACUUGGAUGUGGCCUUUUGUAUACCGCAACAGUUACCAUCACUUGCCACUAUUUUGACAAACGCAGAGGCCUUGCACUUGGUCUGAUUUCAACAGGCUCAAGUGUUGGACUCUUUAUAUAUGCAGCAUUGCAAAGAGAGCUUAUUGAUCUGUAUGGACUGGAUGGUUGUCUGCUAAUAGUUGGCGCACUGUCUCUAAAUAUAUUAGCAUGUGGCAGCCUAAUGAGACCAUUGGAGUCGUCUGAUUGCCCUCCACCAGAAAAAACAUGUGUAGACAAAGUCCCAGAUCAAUAUUUUGUUUACCAUGAAAAAGAAAAGACUGUUGAAGAAAAUAUAAGUAUCCUUGAAAAGGGCUACAUUGAUGAAAAAUGUGCGAACAACAUGCCUGAUUGCAAACAGGAUAGCAUUUUAAAUAAGAAUGUAUUAAGCUCAAUAAAUGUAAAUGAGAAAGACGCUUAUAAAAAGAAAGUUGUAGAACAGACAAACUUCUGCAAGCAACUCGCCAAAAGGAAGUGGCAGCUCUAUUUGAACUACUGGGAAGAAACAUUGGUUCUUUUUAAGAACAAAGUAUUUUCAGCUCUCUUUGUUGCCAUCUUGCUCUUUGAUAUUGGUGGAUUUCCUCCUUCUCUGCUCAUGGAAGAUGUAGCAAGAAGUGCAAACAUUAAUGAAGAUGACUAUCAUAUGCCCCUUAUUUCCAUUAUAGGCAUUAUGACUGCUGUUGGCAAACUUACUUUAGGAAUACUGGCAGAUUUUAAGUGGGUUAACACUUUAUAUCUAUAUGUAACUACCUUACUAAUGACAGGAGUGGCCUUGUUUGCAAUUCCAUUUGCCAAAAGUUACCUUACGUUAGCGAUGCUUUCUGGGAUUUUGGGUUUCCUGACUGGGAACUGGUCAAUUUUUCCGUAUGUAACAACAAAGACUGUGGGAAUUGAGAAACUGACUCACGCAUAUGGGAUAUUGAUGUUCUUUGCUGGACUUGGAAAUAGCCUCGGACCACCAAUUGUAGGUUGGUUUUACGACUGGACGCAGGAGUAUGACACUGCAUUCUAUUUCAGUGGCUUUUGUGUCUUACUGGGUGGAUUUCUUCUGCUGUUGGCAGCGUUACCCUGCUGGAAUGCCUGUACCAAUCAGAGCUCUAAGCUGCCUCCAAAUACUUACUCCUACAAAGUUGCAUCUAGCGCUUAGGUGACAACUGGAAAACACUUUGCGCUUUUUUUAUAUUACAUAGCAAAGUAUUUUAGUAAUUUUCCACUUAUUUAUGAAGCCCAAAAAUCCUCUUCCACUAGAAAAAUUCCAUUGUUUUUUGUUUUUCAGUUCCGUUUUCUUCUUUUAUUUCUUUUUUAAUUUUAUUUUUAAGAACAGUCUUAUUUUGUCUACUAUGCACUGUGUUUUCAGCCUUUGUCUACUGUAAUUUCCUUUCCCCCUGUAAGGGGUAUAUUCUGCUGUAUUAUCAGCUGUACUUUUUUUUAAGGGGGGUCAUGCAGAGCAGUGAAAACUUUGAAGCAAAAAUAAAGGCCUGUUCCUUAUAGGAGACGGCUGGCAUUUCUGUCACCUUUUAUAGGUCUCCAAGUUGCACAAUCAGACUUUACAAAACAAAAAUUUGCCUUAUUAGAAUGUAAUACUGUGGCAAGGUGCUUAUAACAUCAUGCUUAGAUUAACUUUUUGUCUUUUUAAAGUUUCUCCAAUUUACAAUGAAGUGCCAAUUGGGGGAGGGAGAAGACGGGGAACAAAACCAACCUUGUGUUGUGUAACUGAAGUGAACUUUAUGAUGAAAGUGAAGACUCUUACUACCA